CUUUGCGACCGCCACAAACCGAUCACCGGACCUGAAGAAGGAGGCAGCUUCAAGCCAUUUAAUCCGUCAUAUCCUCACCAAAAGCUGACUAUGGGAGACAUUGCCAAGGGAAAGAAGGCCUUUGUCCAGAAGUGUGCUCAGUGCCACACAGUAGAGAACGGUGGCAAGCACAAGGUGGGCCCAAACCUCUGGGGUCUGUUCGGACGCAAGACCGGGCAGGCCGAGGGCUACUCGUACACGGAUGCCAACAAGAGUAAAGGUAUCGUGUGGGGCGAGGACACUUUGAUGGAGUACCUGGAGAACCCCAAGAAGUACAUUCCUGGAACCAAAAUGAUCUUCGCUGGCAUCAAGAAGAAGGGAGAGCGCCAGGAUCUCAUCGCAUACCUUAAAUCAGCAACAUCAUGAAGUUGACAUGAAUAUCUGAAUAUUUAAUGUCAUUUUAAUGUUUUUUUUUGUUGUUGUUUUGUUUUAUUAUUAGGCUUGCACUUGCUAAAUAUAUGAUUUUAUGUUUAGACAUUUGUACAGAAGGAUAAUUUAUGUUUCUAGGAUUCUUAGAAAAAUGGCACUUACUGUGAGUCCUUCACACUAAGUUCCACUUUCCUUUUUUUAAAGGUCAGAGGUGCGAGAAACCGUACAAGUGGCCAAACAUAAAAACUAAAGUCCUCAUCUUUUUUUUUUUUUCUUUUGUCCUCCAAUAUUUACUAAUCACAUUAUUUAAAAAAAACAUGCUAGCCUCUCGAUAGGUUGCCUGACCUGUCACUCAUACUGUUUCCAUGACAACACGUGUCUGGUAUUGUCUGAUAGCUGGGCCAUCCGCCAUCAACCUCAUUUUUAAAAACUGUAACUAAACAUUUAAAAAAAAACAACAAAAAAAAACAGAAGAAGAAAAUCUGUGAAGUCCAUGAUACAGGGUGGUUAAAUGGUGCUGAUACAAUCCGCUAUUAGCUUUCAUGCUAACUGCAGUUUCUGACCUUUUUUUUUUUUGUGUAAAGGAGUAGCUCGCUCCUCUUCAACAUUAACAGAGCUCUUUCCUCUCUGUCCUAAACUAUCCUACCCUUUGUCAGAAACUACACUUUUCCAUGAUAGCUCUUUUAGACUUCGAGGUACAGACUGAACUGAAGAAUUUCUCCUCUAAAAUACCGUCGAGGGCAAUACCUCCUUGUUGCGUUCAAGGUCUCCUGACAGAGGCUUAAUCUGUCAGACUACUGAAGCAGCCCCUAUCAUUCUCCUGUUUUUACCCCCCUUACCCCUCUUACCCCUCUUUUCCUGUCAUCACACUCAAUAUGAGGUUUUUAAAAAGAAGUUGUACUAAGAGUUACACACUGUUAUCUUCCUCCUUUUUAUAGCUGUGGGGUAUAAUUAUGUACCAAUGCCUUGAAAUACGCCACCAUUGCUGAGAUAAGCUGGCAUCCGGUCACCAUGCCGACAGUGUUUUUUCUAGAGGUACUGAUCAAAUAGAUGAACUAUCAGUUGCAUAAUGAAGGAAGAUUUUGUUAUUUACCUGGUUUCACAGGCCUGAACGAGUAUGUUUUAACUUAUUUUACUGUAAUCGGACAAUAGUGUAAAAGCUGUAAAAUAUUUUCACGGGGCUGCUUGCUGUCAGUGUGUGCGCAGCAACAUAAUGUAUCGGUUACAAUGAUAUUAUAUAAUAUGGUAGCUAUGUUGUGUGGUUGUGGACAGGAUGGUUGAAGGAUCAAUUAAAAACAAAACGUCCAGAAAUGUGA